AUGGCAUCUGGUGGCAGAGGCGGCAGCAGUAGGAACCAGAUUGUUGGCAAUGGGAUUAUAGCAGAACCGGGCAGUGAGAAUGUUGGGAUACGGAACUCUUUCAAUGGACCAGGUCAAGCUGGUCUCAACGUUUCUGGCAAUAGAGUUGUUGCACGUGAACGCGCCAGGAAUGUUGGGAUCCAAGGAGUUGGCAACAACAACACCAGACCUGACGAAGGCUCCAGCUGGUGGUGCUGCAUCCUAUAG